AUGAAGUCCACACUUAUCACCGCCUCUUUCAUUGCCGCCGCUCUCAGCGCGCCCACUCUCUCGCCCUAUGUCAGCCGCCAAGCGGGAGGGAAUCUUCAGACAUUCGGGGAUGCACUUGGUGGCAUUGAGGCGACACCCGUAGAAAAUACUGGAGAUGCCAAACGCCCAUUUAAAGUGAAGGGUGAUACUUUUGUCAAAAUCGGCGCUGCGCUACAGAGGAGUUGUGAUCAGCAGUUCAAUGCCUGUGCCAACGCAGCCAACGGUGGUGAUGCUACUUUGAGCGUCGGCGCAUGCUCAACACAGAAAGACCAAUGCGACGCGACCAUCCAGGCUAGCACAGCCGCCGCGACAGGAAAUGCGCAGGCGGGUGGUAACGGGAAUGCAAACGCGAACGCUAAUGCCAACGGCAACGCAAAUGCAAAUGGAAACGCGGAUGAAAAGAAGGGUGCCGCAGCCUCUUGCACGAAGUGA